GACUCACUGCAGCUCGGAGAGCCACAGAGGCUCUCUUAUCACCAGGAGGAAACUGUCAUGGAGACUGCAGGAAAUAGAGCUGUGCUGUCAUAGAGCAACUUUACAAUAAUAAUUAAAAAAGAAUCACCACUUUGGAUCUUAUAUAAUUUUAUUUGCAUCAUCAGAGGUAGAAAAUGUUUGGGUUUGGAGUUUGGAUUAACACAACCUGGAUUUUGUUUUUAACCUUUUUUUACACCACCAUUGCAAAUUAUUCUGAAGACCAGUGCAGCUGGAGAGGAAGUGGCUUGUCUCAGCAGCAGGGCAGCGUGGAGCAGAUCUCUCUCCACUGCUCUGAGGGCACUCUGGACUGGCUGUAUCCCAAAGGGGCCCUGCGUCUCACCCUCUCGCCCCGCCUGGCCUCGGUAGCGGUGGGGCCCGCUGGCAGCAGCUCGGGCCUCAUCACUGCCUGCGUCAAACCCUCUGAUCAGUUCCACGGGGCUCAGCUGUACCUGGAGAAAGACGGGCUCCUGGAGCUCCUGGUUGGGGACAGAAUCGAGUCGUCCCCACCUCCGAGGGUGCGCUGCUUCAGCUGGCUGCCCGGGGAGAGGCUGGCCCUGUUCCUGCAGGCGACACCCCAUCAGGACAUCAGCAGGAGGAUUGCAUCCUUUCGAUAUGAGCUGAGAGGAGACUGGACCGCUCGCAUGUCUCUGGACUCCAACUCCAUCAGCAGUGAAGAUGCCUGCAGACCCUGCAAUGAUACAGAGAUUCUGAUGGCUGUUUGCACAAGUGACUUUGUGGUACGAGGUAACAUCCGGUCGGUGGAGGAAGAUGAGAGUUUACGGGCAGCGGUGAUAAAGGUCAGCACCACCCGUGUGUUUCAGCAGAAAUACGCCCUGUUCACCGGCAGCAGCCGCCUGGCCAGCCGAGGCGAGAUACGGACUCUGCUUCAGUGUGGCGUCAAACCUGGUCCCGGGAGCUUCCUUUUUACCGGUCGGGUCCACUUCGGGGAGGCCUGGCUUGGCUGCGCUCCACGCUACAAGGACUUUCAGAGGACUUACACUCAGGCCAAAGCAGCCCGGCAGAUACCUUGCGAACUACCUGUAGACUGAAAAGCACGGCAGCGGCUUGUCUACCAACGCAGGAAGAAAAAAUGCUGAAGUUCAGCCCAGUUCAGGAAGAGGCCACGAUGUGCAAAUGACUGCCAUUGUAGCCACCGAACCAGCAAGAGAUCCUCCCAAAGGACUGAGGAUCGAAAUGG